AUGAGGCCCGACGCCCGUCUGGAUUCGGUGGUCUUCCAGCUCACCCCCACCCGGACCAGGUUCGAUUUGGUUCUGAUAGCGAAUGGCCGGAAGGAGAAGUUUGCAUCUGGUUUGUUGAAACCGUUCCUGGCUCACCUGAAGGUCGCCCAGGAUCAGAUUGCCAAGGGAGGCUACUUGAUCACACUUGAACCAAACUCAGGGUUCGAUGUGCCGUGGUUCACGAGAGGCACCGUGGAGAGAUUUGUGCGUUUCGUGAGUACUCCGGAGGUCCUUGAGCGAGUCACAACACUAGAGUCUGAGAUCCUGCAGCUUGAGGAUGCCAUUGCUAUCCAGAGCAACGACAGUCUUGGAUUAAAAUCUGUCGAAGACCAUGGAAGAAAGUUGACUGAAAGCAAUGAAGGUGGACGGGCAAAUUAUGAUCUUGAUUCAGCCACGGCAAUUGUUGUCUACAAGCCUGGGUCAAAUUCAAUGCCACCAAUGCAGAAUGAAACAACAGCACAUGAGGAGAAUUCAAAAGUUCAAUUGCUCAGAGUGCUUGAAACCCGCAAAAAUGUGUUAAGAAAAGAGCAGGCUAUGGCUUUCGCUCAUGCUGUGGCUGCUGGGUUUGACAUUGACAACUUGGGUUACUUGAUUGCGUUUGCAGAGCGCUUUGGUGCUGCACGUCUGAUGAAGGCAUGUUCACAUUUCAUCGAACUGUGGAAGCAGAAGCAUGAAGCUGGACAAUGGAUUGAAGUUGAACCUGAAGCAAUGUCUACACGCUCUGAAUUUCCUCCAUUUAACGCAUCUGGCAUUGUGUUCAUGGGAGACAACAUGAAGCCAAACCUGGAAUCAGGGUCUAUUAAUGGAGAGGCAAAUGGCGAGGAUGGAGCUAAAGCUGAUCAGAAGUCAAGCCAGCAGAUGGGAUCUCAUGCUACAUAUCCUCCAUGGGCAAUGCAUCCAUCUGGUGCAGUUGUUUACCCACCUUAUCCUAUGCAAGGCAUGCCUUUCUAUCCUGGGGUGAAUCCAUACUACCCUCCAUAUCCUCCAGUGGAUGAUCCCAGGUACCACUACUCAGGAAGGAAAUCUUCGAGGAAGCACUCCUCGGAUAGUAAGGACUCAGAAACUCUUGAUGUUGAAAGUGACCAUAGCAGUUCAGAUAGAGGAAGUUCUCAAGGUCGCAAGUCACAUAGAAAGGGGAAGAGGUCUGGAAAGAAGAAGCCUAGUGUAGUUGUUAUCAAGAAUGUGAAUGUAACAUCUAAAAAGCAUGGCUCAUCAGAGAGUGAAUCACAAUCAAGUUCUGAAGUUGAGUCUGCGGACAGUGACAAUUCACACUCCAAAUCAAGAGAAAGGAAGCAUAAAAGCACAAGUUCAAAGAAAAAGGAGGGUAGGAGAACUACUUUUGACUCGGGAGAUGAGUAUAGCAAGGAUGAAACGUCAAAUGGCCACGAUGCUGAACAAGGUAACUGGAGUGCAUUCCAAAAUUUCUUGUUGAGAGCAGAAGAAAAAACAAGAUCUAGUGAUGCAGACCUGUUUGCUGGUGAGAAAGAACCCCCGUCAAGGAGAAAACAGAAUGUAAACACAGCAGAUCCUAUUCUUUUAGCUGACAGAGAUGGUGGCAAUGUCUAUGAGCGGAACAAAGUAGGCUUUGAUUCAGCCAAUGGGAGGACUAGAGCUAUCCGGGUCAUGUCCAAUGAUGAACUUAUUAUGUCUGGAGAAGGGAGAAGCUAUAUGGAUGGUGAAAUAAAGGAGAUUGAAGCGGGUGGAGGAAGGUACAGGAGAGGGACAGGUGAUGACUUCAUGGUUUAUGGUCAGGGAAGUCAGAUAGACAGACAUAGUUUGUUGGAUCCUCUUGCAGAGGCCCAGUACAAGAAUCCUGUUCAGCAGGACAAGAAUAGGAAUGGUGUGGCGGAUGAGUCCUUUAUGAUUCCUCUUAGGUCCAGCUCACAGGAUAAUAUCGGAGCAGAAAGCAGAACUACUAUUGACAUAGAUGUUGAGCUUCCUUCUAGAAUUCAGAAAGCAUCAGAUGAAAAGGCUGGGCAUCAGCUUUUUUACGAACCUGAUGAAUUGGUGCCAGAGCGUGGAUUUGAAGAUGUUUCAUUUGGAUAUGAUCCAGCAAUGGAUUAUGACAGCCACAUGCAGACUACUGUGAAGGUGGAAGAUGCAAAAACAGAGGAUGUCGUGCCAGUUACUGAGGGUGAUGUACAAAAGGUAGAGAAAGAGAAGCCAAGGAAUGCAAAGGAUGGUUCAGAUAAACGAAGGAAAGAUGCCUUAUUGAGGAGGCUAUCAGCACCAAGGACCCCACUGAAUGAUGCACAAAAACGUGCACAGAACCUGCGUGCAUAUAAAGCAGACCUUCAGAAACUGAAGAAAGAACAGGAAGAAGAGCAAAUAAAGCGAUUGGAGAGGCUUAAAUUGGAGAGGCAAAAGAGGAUCACCGCAAGAGGUAAUGGAAAGGGUCCAGGGAAUGAUGCUCCUAAAGCGAAUGGUAUGAAUGGACUUAGUAAAUCAGUUCCAAACUUCACUGGGUUGAAAAAGGAGAAAAAUGGAACAACUGAAUCACUCAGCGAUCGACUGAAGAGGCUUUCUGAACCCAAAAGCAUUGCUGGGGCAGAGCAUUCCUUGAAUCCAAAGCCAACUGGUGCAGACCAUUCACGAAGAAGAAGCAUGUCAUGA